UCCGAUAGUCUGACUCAAUAAACAUCGUUUCCCUAAUUUUUUUAGAAUAUUGUGAUAAAUCACCUAAAAUGAUUAUUACCAGCCACAAAUAGCAUUCUAUGGCUUGUGAUGUUUUAUGACGUGUGAUAUUCAGACCUAGUUAUAACGAUAAAGAUACCAUGUAAGGUCUAAAAUCAAAAUUGCUACAGGUCCACGUCGAGACAUGGGUUCCAGAUUGAGAGAUACGGUACGCUAUUUAUUUGAACUGUUUUGUGAAGUGUCACCUGGUGAUCAUGUUCGAGAGCCUUAUAUUAUCAGAAAGUAUCCAGAAUCAUACAAAAAUGAAGAAGAGUUAAAAAAUGUUCCGAAGUUUGCAUUUCCAUGUCAGUUAGAAAACUCCUUUGUGCAACACUAUUCUUUUGUGCUGACCUCUGUGGACUCUAAAUAUACAUUCUGUUUUUGUCGAUAUGAUCCAAAAGCAAAUACGGCACUUGUCUUGCUAUCACAUUUACCAUGGCAUGAUCAAUUUUAUAAAUUACUUAAUUGUAUAGCAAAUCUAAUCAAUGGCCCAGAGAAGGGUGAGCUCACAUCAUUGCUGGAAGCGUGCCGGAUACGUCCGCCUAUGCCUGGACACACACUUAAAGUCACUUACAAUGCUGGUCAAAGUGUUUUCUCCUGCCAGAGUCCUGACAACAAACUACCUAGUAUUCCAGAAAAUUGCAAUCUGACGGAAUACUUCAGUGCCAUGGACACAAAAUGCAUGGCAGGCCUUUGGGCGGCAUUACUCCACGAGCGGAGGGUGGCGAUUGUAGCGUCGAAACCAUCCCGGUUAUCGGCGUGCGUACAGGCGGCCAAUGCGACGUUGUUUCCCAUGUCCUGGCAACACAUUUUUAUACCAAUCCUACCAAAACAUCUUGUAGACUACUUACUCGCACCAAUGCCUUUUCUCAUUGGAGUUCCUAGAAGUGUAAUGGAGACUGUUAGAAUGUCAGAAAUUGGAGAUGUUGUAAUAUUAGAUGUAGAUGCCAAUGAACUAAGAACUCCGUUUAAUGACUUAGAAAGUCUUCCUCCUGACAUGGUCGCGAGUUUAAAAAAAGCUUUAAGUGACAAAAAUGCUCUUGGAGACGCUGUAUCAAGAGCAUUUCUUCGAGCUUUAGUAUGUUUAAUAGGUGGCUACCGAGAUGCUAUUAGGAUCGAAAAAGGUCAACUUAUCACAUUCAAUCCUGAGGCUUUUGUUAGAACUAGGAAAAACAUGCAACAGUUCCUUACCAAAAUUCUGCAGUCUCAAAUAUUUCAGCAGUUUAUAGAUGAAAGAUUAGAUUUGCUCAAUUCGGGAAGAGGCUUUAACGACGAAUUUGAAGUGGAAUGUAAUUUUUAUGCGGAAAAGCUGGGUACAGGGAGUGGGCAAAGACUGAAACAGCAGUAUAGAGACUGGGCCAAGACUGUUAAGAAAGAAGGAGGUGCUUUUUUCAAAACAAUAAAAGAUAAGGCGAACCCUGCUAUGCAAUCGGCCGUCAAAUCGGUCCGACAGGGUGGCAAAAACGUUAAGUCAGCUGUGAAAGGACUGAAAAAUAAGAUGCCCAAGACUGGAUCGCGGCCAUCUUCUAUAAACACAACUGACGACAGCAGAUUUUCGUGCGGCUCAGCGACGCCGGUGUCUUCCAACUCCUCGGACUCGUCGCCAGCCCGCGAAGGACCGCCUCGCGAGCCUCCCCCCGCUCUCCCUCUCGACUUGCUCACAGAAAUGGAAUUCCUCUUCAAGAACACACAACGACGAGACAGUUUCCCGAAUAGUUCACUUAACUCUGAAAUCAGUUUACCGGACAAGGCGAAAACACUGUCACCAUGCCUCCCACCCCGGUUACCGGAACGUCCCAAACCCCCACUCCGAUAUCCAAUAAUUUCCACGAGGAAACUAAUCGAUAUUACGGACGCGCCGGCGCCGCCACCGCGCGCUUCGCCGGCUCCGACCAACAAUAUGCAUUUUGUCAGUAACAUUACAAAAAACGAUGCCGACGCCGCUAGUAACUUCCACACAAGCACUAUAUGCUUCUCAGAAGGAAACGACAAGGCUAAACUGAAAUUGACCCUGUCUACGAACCAGAGAAAAUUGCCGCAAUUGAAUGCGCCGGCGCCGGUUAACGGCAGCGCGCUGAAACUGUCAGCACCUCCAGUAGACGGUAGGCAGCAGGAGUCUAGAUUAGCCAGGCCGGGGCUCGGCAUACUCCGACCGCCGCCCCUAGCGCUCAGCAAGGGAAUUCUUCAAGAGUCUUGUGGCUCAGAUUCUGAUCUAAUAAAACUCGACGAUUCACCGACAAACCUCGAAGAUUUCGAUCCGCUCAAACGUCGGAAUAAAGAAAAAGUAGAACCAAUCAAGUCGACCACAGACAGUGCUCUCUUACACGAAUACGGACUUGACUUUAGCCAGUUCGGCCUGUUAGAGCUCCCGGCGGGAUCGAGUGCGCGCCCCGACACGCCCUCCUCGGUGCCCAAGGGGUGGACUACUUUCAAUUAAUACAUUUUAUAUGUUUAAACCUCAUGCUCAGUGUAUAUUUAUUUAUGUAUAGUUCGCGUACAAUACAUAAGUGAUUAAAUUUGUAACGGCUUAAUAUAACUACCUACUCACGUAAAUUUAAUUUAUUUUACGAAACUAAAAGGUGAUCUAUUGUUGUAUGAACGUGCUGUUUUGUAUAACUUAUAAAUUAUUGUACAUAGUGUCACAUAUCACAAAAUUGUAAAUUAAAUACUUAUUGUUAGCGUUAAUAAUAUUUGUAUAUGUGUAUAAAUGUGAAUUAUGUAGGUAGAAUUUGUAGGUUUGCUGCAUAUUAUGGAUUAAAUGGUAAACCACAAUAUAAUAUUAUCAAAGUGGGCCACAAAACUCGAUGUAAAAGAUGCAGUAAACUAUUGAAAAGAUAGAAAAAAUUAAUAUAUCCAUAAUAAUAUUGUUUAUGGAAGAUUAACGUCAUUCUCUUGGAAUGAUUACGUGCUCCAGUUCUUCCAAAUUGUUGUUUUGUUUGUUAUUUUUUAUUUCUUAUAACUACGGUGUCAGGAAUGUGUUAAUAUCUAGCGGGGCCAUCGGUUGUAAUAAUACUAAUCGUAACUUGCCUCAAUGUACCUCUCGAUUCUUGUAUUAACUCCAGGGAAUGUUUAACAGAAAUUCAAGAAGAGAGUUUUGUCUAUCCAACAGCGCCCUUUGUAAUUCGAAUGACUACGAACAGAACAUGUGCACCGUCCAUAUGUGUUAACACAUGUAACUCACAGUUCUUUACGUUUUACCAUAUUUCAGUGGUUUUUUUACACUUUAUUUUAGAUACAAAAUAUUGACAAUAGAGGGUAGGUAGUUGAACAAAACAGAUAUUUAAUUUUAUCAGUAAGUUGAAAGGAUAACGGCUAAUCUUAUAAUUAUAAGCAUCGUAUCCAGACGCUAAGUUGCUUGAAGGAAUAUGCGGGUUGUUUUUAUUUCCUCGCGGAUAUAAAAGAAUUUUCAAAAUAACUAGUAUUCAAGUUAGAUGUCUUCAAAGUCGUUAGCUGUAGAAGUCCGACAUGUAUCGAGAUUUAAUACAUGAAAUGAGGGGUACAUUGGGACAGAUUAACGAUCACUAUUAUUUUGAUGUACCUACUCACUUAUUAAAACUGUGGAGGUAUUGAACGAGCAAAGCAUCGCCACUAGUUUUGCAAGUCUAGCUCGAGUGGCCCCGCUAGUUAGAAGCACACGUGUCAGGCGGUGCGAUGUGUCUAGACAAUUUUAUUACAGCCAGCAGAUAUUUAGGUAGGAAAAUAUUAUUAAAAUGCAUUCGUUUUGGUGACUUAUAGGUUUUCAGAGACCACCUUAGCAUCCCUAAAACUUCGUUGUAUCAUUCGUAAAUCGUAGGUAUACCUACCUACAGUCAUGAGCAAUAUCUUGUACCCAGUUUAGAACCCUGUCGCACUAUCAUAUUUGACAUUUAAUGAGGCUUAUUGUUUAAUUUGUCAGAAAAAUUAAUGUGACAUGAUUGCAAAAUGUAUACAUAUCAGUACUCGUGACCGUACAUACAUAAUUACUUUUUGAUACAAACAAAUUCAAAUAAAACAAAACCAUAAGGAAAUGAUAUUGAUAGUUACUUUUUGUGUAAAUGUAAAAAUUUAUCGGGUAUUAUCUGUUCUGUCGACUCCGAAAGUAGUUAAGAUAUAUCUCGCCGCCUAACACUUACAUGUUUGUUGUUUUAAUAUAUUUAAAAACUAUCUUUGGUAUGGACUAUGUUUCAAGGCAAGAAUCGAGGAUAUGAACUGUUACUGGCAACAAAUUUAUUCUUAUUAUUUUAAAUGAAAUAAGUAUCUAAGUACUUAUUUAUUAACAACGAAUAAGUUAUUUCACGAGGUACGAAAAUGACAAUGUAUUUGUAGAAUAUAUGUUGAGUCUUAAAUGCCUACCAGGGUGAGUACCUGCCUAUAUUUUACUUGAAAUAUAGUUCUUACUGAAAGAGCCAACUGCGAUUUAUGUCUACUUACUCGAAAUAUUGUCAUUGAAGAGUACAAUUAGCUUUUAUAAAAUGGAGGAUUAUUAUUUUGUUAACAAUUCACAAUACUAUUGUAUACAAUACAAUACAAUUCACAACGCUAUUUAUUAUAAAAUGUAUAAUUUUUUAAGGUGCUGAACCAGGUCAAAUAAAUCGAACGCACACCGCACAUUAUGGAAUAUGCAUUUCAAAUUGAUACAUGUCUGUGAAUUAAUAAGUAUCAUUAUCGUACCUAGGUUAGGUAUGCAGCAGUACCUUAUUAUUCCCUUAUUGUUGUCCAGUCCCUUAUUAUUGUAACUACCCUACGUCGCAACAGUUACUUAUAAACCGACUAGCCUGACAAUUUCUCGACGUAGUAGUGAUACUAGACAAGUUCGGUAUAUAGAAUUUUAAAUCUACUUUCCUUAGAUUAUUUUAUGCCAUUGGGAGAUCCUGACAAUCAGUCUUUUGAAGAGGCCAGUCGGUGUAUAUAAUGUAUUGUUUAUCACUUUAUCUUGUCUGUGUUCCUUUCUUGAACUCAUUUGCAAUUAAUUUGCAACGUGUUUUUCGUUUGAUCGGUAAGUACCUAAUUGGUUUUAUUCUAAAAUCUGACAUUGACUGACAAAAGCAUGCAAUAAAAGGUGCAAUUUAUCGCCCAAUUAAAAACAAAUAGCUACCUGUAAACAUUAUUUGAAACAGUCAUGAAUGCUUAGGUACGUACAUCUGUAGAAAUCUGAAGAGAAAUUCCUACGUAUCUACACUAACGUUUUGUUUCGGAUCAGAGUGAAAUGCAUAUCUAAAUAUCUGACGUGUUACAACGACCAAUAGUGCUGCAGUUAAAACAUAAAUACUAGUCAUAGAAUUAUUCUGCUAUAAAAAUAAAUCGUGGAAUAUAUUUUCAUAUUCAUAUACUUGUUAUAAAAUAUGUAUAAUAUCUAUGUCGAAGUUAAAAUAAGGGCAAAUCCAUCUUAUGUUGUUACAACAACAUUGUUGUAGACCUGAAUACACUUUUUGUAAAGGCUGAUUUAUUACAAGCUUGUAUUAUUCGUAAAAAUACGAAAUCGUACAAAAGUUCCGUUUUUAAAUACGGGUUCGGGUCUUAUACAAUACAUGAUUGUUCCAAUCCUUCUCUCAACCGCUUGUCGUCCCAGGAAUCUUGUAGAAGUCAUAACUAACAUAAAUUACCUACGUAAUAGUUAUAUAAGUACCUGAGUAAGUUUAGUGUCACACUCACAAAUUACGAAAACUCAGUAUCCUGUAGCUAUACAUACUUAUAAGGAUCUUUUCUUCCAACGAGUUCUGACUUUGGUGGUGAGCAUAAGUUUUUGUGUGUAAUAGGUAAAUUACAUAAUAUGUAAAUAAUGUUCUUAUGAUAAUUUCGACGAAAUCAAUGUUGUCCGUUUAUACGUCGCUGCGUCCCAAGUUUAACUCUGUAAUAUGUAAAACAGCUAAACAGAUUCUCAUCAAGUAGAAUUAGGUACUUACUACAUAUUUCAAUAUUUUUAGAGCUUCCUGUUACUCUGUGCUUAGAAAUCAAGUAAAUAUUUACUGAAAUUUAA